ACUAUACUACUAUUAUAUAUCCGUAUUACAACAAAGUGAGCCACAAAUGUGAUUGGAGGAGAUGUAUAUUGUUUCUUGAUGGGUUUUAAAACUUGUCUUACCAAUGGGCGGGCACAACUACACACGCUACACAGUUACCUAUCAAAUCAUAAUUAGUACGCAGAGAAAAAAACAACACCACCUCUUUUCUCAAGGACAUGACACUAAAGUAAAGCGUUGAUCUCUCUCUCUCUCUCUCUUUCUCUCUUUCAUCUCUUCUUCUCUCAACAAUCUCUCUGGUUCUAGUGAUAAUAAGCAAAACAUGCUUUCAACUACUGGGAGAAAGGAGAAGCUCGCCGUUUCCACAGGCUCCUACAUCGAAGUCUCAUCUGACGAACACUACCACGCCACUGGCAAUGUAUGGUACCACGCUCUUCUCCAAGAAAACCUUGCUUCAUCCAAGCGCAAGAAGCUCUCUGUUCUCCACUUGAACCCUCUGUCCAACGAAGACUACUCUCCUCCCUUGAUCACCACCGCUUUUCACCGUCUGAUCCGUCCCGUUCCGCCGCCGGAUCCUUUCCCUGAAGUUGGUUUUGAGAAAGGUGACAUGAUUGACGCUGCCCACAAAGGUGGCUGGUGGUCUGGUUGGGUGAUUAAAGUUCUGGGUGAGCGUUUCUUGGUGUACUUGAGAUUCGAACCUGACGUCAUCGAGGUUGAAAGGAAGGACAUGCGGCCACAUUGGGUUUGGAAAGAUGCAGAGUGGUUUCGUUGCGAGAAACGACUAUUGACUGAGUCAGAGUUUAGCUCUGGAACGGAGGUGGAAGUGAGAACAAAGGUGGAACCUUUUGGAGAUAUUUGGGCUCCGGCUAUAAUCAUAAAGAAGAAUGAAGAUGAGACAUUGCUGGUGAAGUACGGUGAAGAAAAUGCAUGCAGAAAGAUAAACGUUCCUUACUCCAAGAUCAGGCCUUCACCACCGUCUUUUGGUUCAAGACCUUUUGGGUUGAUGGAGAAUGUGGAUGUCCUGGUCGAGUCUGGAUGGUGUCCAAGUGUAGUAAGCAUGGUUCUCUGUGAGUAUAAUAGAUACACUGUGCUUUUGGGUCGGAACAAGAAGAGUAAAGACUUUGACCACUCGCUGUUAAGACCAACUAUGGAGUGGAAAGAUGGAGUCUGGCAAACAAAAGAAAAGGUUUCGGAUAGAAAGGAGAGUCCACAUGCAGCUGAAGAGUCAACUCGCAUAAGGGUAAAAGUGAGGAAGGCACGCUCUUCUUGUGGCACUACUGUGAAGAAUCUUCCUCAAACUCCAGUUUCAUCUGGAGAGAUAGCAAGCAAAAUGGCUAAUGUUGUGAUCAGUGAGAACAUUCUAGUCUCUAAGAAACCGGAGAUAGCAGAAACCCUGGGUGUAGUAGCUACAACUCUGCAGGCAAAACCUCAAAGGAAGAAACUUAAGACAAUGAAGAAACAAAAGGGCUCUACAAAUGAUUCCGUUGUAGAGAAGGCACACGAAGAGUCGAAUAACAGAGAGAGUGUAAACAAGAGGAAAAGAGGACGACCACAUAAGUUCAUAAGCAAAGAGCCUAAACAGAAGACUGGUGUGGCUGCUAGUGAUCCAAUGCUUAAUAAUGCUGUUGUGGAAACUCCUAAAGCGAAAGAUUCAACAAUGGUUCUGCCCUUUGUAAAGAAGUCACCGUGUUGGAAGGUUCUUGAAUCAAUGGAGAUCUUCAAAGCUAUGCCACAGCGUCCACAUUUCAAUCCACUGCUGGAGUGCGAGGAAGAGUCACGUGAAGGAGACGCCAUUGGUGCAAUGGUGAAGUUCACUGGACUGUUAGAGAAAGUCAAUAAUAUUCAAGGGGACGAUUCAGUGACUGAGAUAAACAGGAUCAAAGAGUGUUUUCUCAAGCUAGAGGAACACGGGUUCGACGUUACCGCACCUUGUUCUCGGAUAGACAAGCUGCUCUCCGUUAAAGAAAGCCAGACGUGGGCGUUGGAAGAGUUAAAAGUUGCUGAGAGAGAGAUCACAGAGAAUGAUAACAAAAGAAGGAAGUUGGAAGAAGAUAUUGAAGAAUUGCCCAAGGAGAUUGUUGAGUUGCAGAGACAACUAGCAUUGGUCAAGGAAGAGAAAGUGGCAAAGGAUAAGGAGAUAGCUCUGAUGCAGUCCUACGCAGAGAUUCUCGACCAAAAGGUUCAGAAUGUGGAGCAGGAGUUUAGGGAAACUGUGACUUCCCCAUGGAAAUAAUAAUUACACAAUAAGCUAAUAAUAUAUCUAAAGAUGUUUUUGUAAUAAGCUAUUUGACUCGUCUGUCGUAUGUUCGCAGAAUGAUGAUAACUUCGACUAGUUUAAGUAAAAACGUUUGUGUGUGUCUGGUCUUAAAUAAUCAGAUUCAUUGAUAACACA